AUGUCAAGAAGAUAUCCCAACUAUCGUAUUUCCUCCCGAGCUACCGGAGGUGGACGUCUUGAUGGGGACAUACACAACCAUUAUGAGAACCUCACCAUUUCUCAGGGCAUGAUAAAUGGUGGCCAUAUGGUCAAUGGCGGUAAUGUUGUACUGGCCCCAAAUCACGGGAGCAUCACUCAGAACACGUAUCAUGGUUUGCAAGGACAUCAGGCCGCGCACGCCUCGCAAAACCCUGCAUGCUCGACCUCAAGUACCAACACUAGCCAAAGUUCGGUACCAUUGACCCCUCCCUCAGGUCCCCCAGCUGAAGGAGGAAGCACACCGGCUGCGGAAGGGCAGUCGGCCGCGCUUUCAUCAACUCGAAGGGCGUCGAGCUCUCGUGGCCGACGCGCAGUAUCAUCCAGAUUCACUGUAUCUCGCAACAGCCGCCGCUAA